AUGACCCCUUCCAGCUGGGGUAAUGUAGAUCUGAUCAGCGAGAUCUUCAAACCCACACCUUCCGAUGGUUCUGGUCCUGAGGAAAGUUCAGUGAUCCUAUAUUGUCCCAAAUCAAGGAACGGCACAAAUCACUCAGAGACUUUUUCAUUAGUUCGAUCCGACGGACCGGGAGGAUUAGUCUCAGCUGUUACGGAAGGACUUAAGAAAGCGAUGGAAUCGGCUUAUACCAAACUUAAACAGGAGAAAAUGUGGUAUGAUUCCGUCCAAUCUGAAGAUAUAGCUAAACAUGUUGACUUGGAACUCAAUUCGAUAUUGCAAACUUCUCUGAUUCAGUAUCCAUAUAGCUGUUUCGGGAACGGUACGAUCAGUGUUCAAAGAGUAUCAAGCGAUAAUUAUGAUUCACUAAUGAAGAUCAAAAAAUCUUUAUAUCCAAAGGGUAGGAAAGGAGUUUUGGUCAUUCCUCGAAAAUCCCAUUCUACAAUCAAUAAAGAAAUUACAGAUGGAGGCAGAUUAACCGAGUUGGGUAUAACGAAUCCAAGUUAUAUGAAAGAUAAGGAAGAUCGAGAGAUGGCGCUGAAGGGGUUGAGCAAAUAUGCUAAUAGUACUGAACAAUCUAUCAAGGGUUGGCCCUUACGUGCGAUAUACCCUUUAGAUGAGAGGUUGAGCAAGAAAUUAAGGGAAUAUGAAGAUUAUGGGUAUGUAGUGCUGGAUGAGGAUGAGAUAAAGACUUUCAGGUCAAUAAUGGAUGAAUUGCCUUCUAUCUCUGGUAGACCUAUCAAAUCAUACAAUACUCAUGUCUCAGAAGUCACAGAUUCCAAUGCCACAGAGAUACCAGAUGCUUCGAAUUGCGAACCCUCGGCUGAAGAAGACAUGGUAAUUACCAAUGAUGAGGAUGAUGAACGAUACCGCUACGAGACACCAUUCGUACCCCGCAAUGCACGAGCCGACGAUAUAACCCACGCACUUGAGUCUUAUAGCACUCUGAUCUCUGGGAGCGCUGAUUCUUGUCAAUGA